UGAAUUUAGAGUGAAGUUUUUAACCGUUAUUCACUCUCUCACUCCAUUAGUUAAACUCGAAUGUAUUUCGUCAAUAAUUCAAAUCAAGUCAUCCACCCAUCCUCCUCUCAGUCAUAUACAGUGAGUCACUCAAAUUGUCCCUAAAUUUUUGCAAAUUUUGGUGAAUCAAGGAGAAAAAUGUACGCAACAGGAGGAAGAUCAAGAGAAGAGUACAUGGAAUUGGAUGAUAAAUCUUCGGCCAGGACCAAUUUUAAUGCCGACAACCCUAAUCAAUCCUUACCCAACGAUAUGGAUCGGGGUCUCUACAAAGACCUUGUUGAAAUUGUUCCUCUCGUUCAGUCUCUCAUUGACCGGAAUUCUAAUAGUUCAUUCACAAGAAGGGGUUCUAUGAUUUAUACCAAAACUCCUUCUAGAGAUUCCAGAAAGAAUAACAAGAAUGGAGUUAAGUCUAAGCAUGGAGACAAAGUGCAAGGCAUACAUUCUAAGAAUGAUACUGAUGAAGCCAGUGAUGACCAGUCAGCUGUUUUAUUGGCUAAUAUGGCUGCAGAAAAAGAAGAGUUGAAUUCUCUUAGGGAACAGUUGGAGGAUCUACGCCGUCAAUUAUCUGAAAAAGAUGAACUUUUAAAAGAAGCAGAGGCGGCUAAGAAUAAGAUCAGUACCAUACAAUCACAAGUUAAUGAGUUGAAACAAUUUGCUGCUGAGAAGGAUUCUCUUACUAAGUCAAGUCAAUUGCAGCUUAAUGAUGCAAAGAUAAAAUUAGCAGACAGACAAGCUGCCGUUGAGAAGUUACAAUGGGAAGCUAGGACAUCCAAUCAAAAGGUGGAGCAGCUUCAAGAGGAAUUGGAUUCCAUGCAUUCGCAGAUUUCAUCACUGAUGCAUAUAUUCGAAGGAUUGUCCCAGGAAUCGGAUGAUGCAGUAACAUUUGAUGAGGAUUACGACAUCACACCACACUAUGCCGAUCAUCUCUCCGACUUAGACGAUAUGGAUGAAAAUCAUAUGCAAAAGAUGGAAGAAGCCCGAGAAGCCUAUAUUGCUGCAGUAGCUAUGGCAAAAGAGAAGCAAGACGAGGAAUCACUUACCGCUGCAGCCAAAGCACGAUUGCAUCUUCAGUCGUUUGUUUUUGUGACCAAGAAUUCAGAUUUGUAAAGCCCAAUGCUGUUAAACCAACACUUCUAGUUUCCUUAGUGUAUUAUAGAAUUAUGCUUGUGGUGAUAACAUGUUUUCAAGCAAGGGAUACAUCAAGCGAAAGCAGUUUUCUAUUGUUUGUGGCUUUUUUUAGGAAUGAGCAAUAGUUUUGAUGUAUACUUAAUUUGAUUUAGUAUUUGGUGCUAAAUUCUAAAUUUUAAUUUAUUUUUUCUUGUUUAUCUUAGUUUAGUCUAGUCUAGUAUAAUUAAUCUGUCAAAUGAAAUCGUCGUUACCU